CGGUGAAGAAACAGUCAGCGCAUCCGCCAACGCGGAGUAAGCGGUUAGCUUUUUUUUGGCCGAGGCAAGCUAGACUUCAGCAGAGUCAAUAAUGACAAAUAACAGCAUUUGACUAUCAGGGAAUAUAUCUAAAGAGCAAAUCGUUACAUAUAAGCGAUUUAAUCAUCUAUUUUGCCGACGGGAACCUUUUAUUUUCCUGCAUCCUUCACCGGUUGGAGUUAGCAUUAGCAGCUAACAAGCAAAGCGUUUAUUUCCCCCUGCACGAAAUUUACGUGGUUCGGAAAACUUUGUAUGCUGGUGUUGCAUUUUAAAACAUCUAUAUUUUUAUAGUCCGUCCCUUGAAAUUGCGCGUGACUGAGAAAGCUAUUUAUAAGCGAAAGAGCGUGUUAACUUAAGUUUCUGCUUAAUAUCAAAACACCAGGAUGUCUGAUUUCGAUGAAUUUGAGAGACAGCUUUCUGAAAACAAACAAGGUGACAGUCUAAACGGUCAUGAGCGGGACAAAGAGAACCGUCACCGGCGACGCAGCCCAUCACGCAGCCGCAGUCGAGAGAGGAAAAGGAGAAGCCGAGAGAGGAGGAGUAGGGAACGCCGCAGUGACAGCAAGGACCGCCGCCAUAGACGCAGUGAUCAUACUCAGAACCAUCCCCAAGAGAAUGUCAGCCGUUCUCCUCAACGGGAGAAAAAGAAGAUAAAAAUUAAGAAGUACUGGGAUGUACCGCCUCCUGGCUUUGAGCAUAUUACACCCAUGCAGUACAAGGCAAUGCAAGCUGCUGGUCAGAUCCCCGCUACGGCUUUGCUGCCCACCAUGACGCCAGACGGCCUGGCAGUAACACCGACCCCGGUACCCGUAGUGGGCAGUCAGAUGACUCGCCAGGCUCGCAGACUUUACGUUGGCAACAUCCCAUUUGGCAUCACAGAGGAAUCUAUGAUGGACUUCUUCAAUGCCCAGAUGAGACUCGGCGGUCUGACUCAGGCCCCAGGAAACCCUAUCCUCGCCGUCCAGAUUAACCAGGACAAGAACUUUGCUUUCCUUGAGUUCCGAUCGGUGGAUGAGACCACACAGGCCAUGGCAUUUGAUGGCAUCAUCUUCCAGGGGCAGAGUUUAAAGAUUCGCCGGCCACACGACUAUCAGCCAUUACCUGGCAUGAGCGAGAACCCCAGCGUAUAUGUCCCGGGUGUGGUGUCCACUGUUGUACCAGACUCUAUUCACAAGCUUUUCAUUGGUGGUUUGCCAAACUAUCUCAAUGACGACCAGGUUAAAGAGUUGUUAACUUCUUUUGGACCUCUCAAAGCCUUUAAUUUGGUUAAGGACACUGCUACCGGCCUCUCAAAGGGCUACGCUUUUUGUGAAUAUGUGGAUGUUAACAUCAAUGAUCAGGCUAUUGCAGGACUGAAUGGUAUGCAGUUAGCAGAUAAGAAGCUGCUGGUUCAGAGGGCAAGUGUUGGAGCCAAGAAUGCCACACUGACAAGUAUAAAUGAGACUCCAGUGACGUUGCAAGUACCGGGGAUGAUGACGAACCCCAUGGUGCAGAUGGGCGGUGUUCCCACUGAGGUCCUGUGCCUGAUGAACAUGGUGGCUCCAGAGGAGCUCGUGGACGAUGAGGAGUACGAGGAGAUAGUGGAGGAUGUCAGGGACGAGUGCUCCAAAUAUGGCCAGGUCAAGAGCAUAGAGAUUCCCCGGCCUGUCGAUGGCCUUGACAUCCCUGGAACCGGCAAGAUCUUUGUGGAGUUCACAUCUGUUUUCGACUCCCAGAAAGCCAUGCAGGCCUUAACGGGGAGAAAGUUCGCCAACAGGGUGGUGGUGACCAAGUACUGCGAUCCAGAUGCUUACCACCGCCGAGAUUUCUGGUAGAGGAAGAGAGCAAGAAAAAUAGGAUGGAGGAGUAGCAGCUUUGCGAUAACUCAUAAAAAGAGAGAGAAAUUGAGGCAGAGAUGACAAAAGGGGGAACAUUUUUUUUUUGUACUCUAUAAAAAAGCCAAAAGGUGAAUGUUCUGUUGUUUUUUUUCUUUUUUCUGGCUGAGAUGAUUUGUGAGCAAUUAUGGGAGGGCUUUUGCUUUCCUUUGUAUUUUAAGAACAUUAGCGGGAGAUAUUCUGUUAUACUGAUUAUACUUAUUCUGUUAAUAAAAUUACUAUUUUUUAAUUGUAUACUGAAACGAAUGAUGUAAAAUCGUGGCCAUCAGAGAAGACGAAAGAACUGUUGAUACCCAACCAAAUGUUCAUAUUAGCCAGGUAAUUCAAAUGAAAAAUCACAUUUCGGUCUCUUACCUUGAUUUUAUCUUUUUAUUUCUCAUUUUGAAUGUCCCACUGUGAAAGACCCUUCUCGGAAAUCAUUCGUCUUCUCUGUUGGCCAACUCACCACGUCUCCCUCCCAUUUUGUAGCUUUUUGCAGUUCAUAUCUCCAGGUAUUAGACUGUCCCAGUUUUUGUCUGGCUUUUUUCUUAAACUUAGUCUCUUCCAUACAUAUCACCAACCCAUUAGAUGGUGAUGGCAUUUGUCCAGUGUGGCACCUUUUCUGUACGUGUGAUGUUUUUUUUCCCCUCAGUAUAAUAGGCCACUUUUGAUAAUAAAACUCUUGGAAGUAUGA